CCCGCCCGCCCGCCCGCCCCCACCAUGGCCCUCGCGCGCGGCCCCCUCCUCCCGCUCCAGAAACCCUAGGGCGCGGCACGCACGCACCCUCCUCUCCUCGCGGGCGCGGGCAGCAUGGCGCCGCAGGCCGCGGGGUCGCCCCCGUCGGUGGCGGCGCUCGGGUUCCUCCUCCCGACCUGCUGGGAGAUCGAGGUCACCUGCGCCGCCGCGAUGAUCCUCGUCGCGCUCUACGCCGCCUACGAGCUCCUCAACCCGCGCCCCUCGCAGGCGGGCGCGGGAGGUGAGGCCGCCGACGGGCCCCUCUUGGGGGAGUUCGACGGCGCCGACAAGUUCAAGGGAGGCUCGACCGGCCCCUCUGCGUACGUGGUGAAGCUCGAGCUGUUGGCCGCGAAGAAUUUGAUGGCGGCCAACUUAAAUGGGACGUCUGACCCGUAUGCAUUGAUCACUUGUGGGGCAGAGAAGCGUUUCAGCUCCAUGGUUCCUGGCUCAAGAAACCCAAUGUGGGGAGAGGAAUUCAACUUUUUUGUUGAUAGUCUUCCUGUAAAGAUAAAUGUUACAAUAUAUGACUGGGACAUUGUAUGGAAAAGCACAAUCCUUGGUUCUGUUACUGUUCCAGUCGAGUCUGAGGGACCAAGUGGACCAGUUUGGUAUACACUUGACAGCACAUCAGGCCAGGUGUGUCUCCAUAUUAAGGCAAUCAAGGUUCAUGAGAGUUCCUCCAGGGCUCUAAAUAACUCAGCUGAGGCUGGUGCUCGUAGAAGGAUAUCCCUGGAUAAGCAAGGUCCCACUGUAGUCCAUCAAAAGCCAGGUCCUUUGCAGACAAUUUUUGAACUACCUCCAGAUGAGGUUGUUGACCACAGUUAUUCAUGUGCACUUGAAAGGUCAUUCCUGUAUCAUGGCCGCAUGUAUGUCUCUUCAUGGCACAUUUGCUUUCAUUCAAACGUCUUUUCUAAGCAGAUUAAGGUUGUUAUUCCUUUGAGAGAUAUUGAUGAGAUCAGGAGAAGCCAGCAUGCUGUUAUUAAUCCAGCUAUUACAAUAUUUCUCCGAAUGGGUGCUGGAGGAUUUGGUGUUCCUCCAUUAGGAUGUCCAGAUGGAAGAGUCAGGUACAAAUUUGCAUCAUUUUGGAACAGAAACCAUACAUUUAGAGCAUUGCAGCGAGCUGUGAAGAACUUCCAAAUGAUGAUAGAGGCUGAGAAACAGGAACGUGCUCAGUCUGCCCUACGUGCACACAGUAGCUCAAGAAAAAAUAGCAAGAAGGAGAUCAAUGUUCCUGAAGAUUGUGCUGCAUUAACAGGGCAAUUACAACCUUUUGUCAAAGAAGAAGUUCUAGUCCCUGUUUUCAAUGGAACUUUUCCAUGCACUGCGGAGCAGUUUUUUAGUAUUCUUUUAAGUGAUGACUCGAGUUACAUAACAGAGUACCGGACAGAUCGGAAGGAUAAAGAUAUAAAUCUGGGCCAAUGGCACGUCGCGGAUGAGUAUGAUGGUCAGGUGCGAGAACUUAAUUGUAAAUCAAUAUGCCAUAGUCCAAUGUGCCCUCCUUAUUCAGCGAUGACAGAGUGGCAGCAUAUGGUUCUUUCAGCUGACAAAAUGGAUCUGGUAUUCGAAACUGUACAGCAAGUACAUGAUGUUCCAUUUGGUUCAUUCUUUGAGGUACACUGUAGGUGGUCUGUGAAAACUAUCAGUUCUGAUUCGUGCAGCCUUAACAUAAGUGCUGGUGCACAUUUCAAGAAGUGGUGCAUAAUGCAAUCUAAAAUAAAGAGUGGUGCUGUGGAUGAGUUGAAAAAGGAAGUCAAGGAAAUGUUAGACUUUGCACAGGCGUAUAUGCUCAAAGUUAGGUCUCCUAACCAAGAGAACAGUGAUCUUACCAAAGAAGACAACAUGGAGCCCGACGCAGUGCCUGGUGAUCAAUAAUUAUUUCAGCUAUGCCGCCUGAUGUAGGAUGACAACCGCAACCCCAUGACACAGUGAAUUAUGAUGUUAUACACAGGACAGGUGGACUUGUAACUGGUCCACAUCUAACAUGAGUACAUGACAAGCUGCCUUUCAAAAGAAUGUGUAGAUCAUGUAAAGUUCUUUUCCUGUCAUUUCUCUACCCAUUCUGGCAGUUUGACUGAUGUAUAUGUGUAAAAGGUGAAAUAUAGUGCUGACUCUGAGCAGGUCAGUUUGUGUUGUUGAAGAUAUAAACAAAGAAAGAAACAAAGAGAAAUCUGUGCCCUAGAACCAUUCAGAACU